AACGUGACUUCCACUUGAUCGCCCCUUAAUUGAAUUUACCCUAAUUAGUAUUACUAAAAUGGAAAAGAAAAACAUAACGGAAAAACAAAGCUCUGGUUGUACCGAUCAAAGCCAAAGUGGUCUCUGGUGAAAUGAAGACUAAGUUGAUGGAAAAUCGCUGCAAAUUCUGGGUUCCCAAAAAGAGCAGAUUCUGUGCAAACUCCCCUCUCCAAAAUUCCUUGUUUUGUGGCAAUCACACUCCGAGGACCAAUAACCAGUGGAUCCCAUGUCCGAUUGACCCUUCCCAUUCUGUGCUUCAGGAAAACCUGGGAAGCCAUCUAAGGAGAUGCCCCUUAGUCAAACAAGUUCAAUCCUUGAGCACCCAACCUUUUUACCAAAAGGGUGUUAAUGCUGGCAAAGAAGAUGAACAAGAAGAACCGGAAACUGGAAUUCCUACUUCUGGUUUUGAUAUUGUAACCUCUGAAAUGAAGAGAAAUGCUGUUUAUAGCUUGAACAUAUCCGAGUUCUUUGAGAUGAUUGGAAAGAUUGAGUCAGUGCAUGCUCAAAUUUGUAAUGAUAUUAAAGACUCCUAUAAGAUACCUGAAGCUUGUGGCGUAUGGAUUAAGGGAGAAGUAGACAGGAAUGUGCCAUUUCAGGAGAAGCAUGUUGCACAACAGGCGUCAAUGCUUGGGAACUUGGAAGAGUUUGGGGUUUUGGAAAGGAUUGAUGGCAAGGAAAACUGCGAACUUGUGGAGCGAGCUGAAAAUAGCAACGGUGUUCCUGCAGUGGUUGAAUUUGGAGCUGGGAGAGGGUACUUGACACAAAUGCUUGCAGAUUGCUAUGGUAUUAGAAGGGUAUUUCUAGUUGAGAGAAAGGCCUACAAACUUAAGGCUGAUCGAUCUUUGCGACAGAAAGAGAGCUUGAUAUUAGAACGUUUGAGAAUUGACAUUGAGGAUCUGAACUUGAAUGCUGUUGAGUCAUUGCAAAGACUUCCUUAUAUAGCUAUUGGUAAACAUCUCUGUGGCCCAGCAACAGAUUUGACCCUUAGAUGCUGCCUGGCAAAUGAAAGGAGUGCUGAACAAUGUGGAGUUAAUUGUUACUUGAGAGGUCUUGCAAUAGCGACAUGCUGCCAUCACCUUUGCCAAUGGAAACACUACAUAAAUAAAAAAUACUUAACUAGUUUGGGUAUUAGCAAAGAAGAAUUCCAUGCAAUUACGUGGUUUACCAGUUGGGCAGUCGAUGCUGAUCAUGGUUCAGAUCUUUCUGACGUUAUUGAUUUCAAAUUGCGUCCAGAAUCAAUUGAGAGGGAAGAAUGUAAUGGGGAUGCAAAUGGAGUGGAAGCCAUUGCGAAGAAUAUGAAAGCUAUUGAGAGGGCAAAGCUAGGCUUCAUGUGCAAGCAGAUAAUUGAUAUGGGAAGGCUAAUGUGGCUCAAGGAACAUGGACUCCAAACUCAGCUUGUUAAGUAUGUUCCAUCAAGCAUCUCUCCAGAAAACCAUUUAUUAAUAGCCAGACAUGUCGGUGGUCGCUAAGUUGCAUGGCUUUUUCCCUCUCAUCUGACAUUGUAUAACUAAAAACAACAAUUUUGUAUUGAAUUAUAUCAUGUUCGGGAUUCAAAUGCCUUUCUUCUUUGAAUAUGUAUCAGAAUUUGUCAUUUCGUUCUAA